AUGGAUGCCGAUUGGUAUCGGGACAUCAUUCUGGCGGGAAGGGGAGCAGCUGCAGAGAAGGCUCCAGGCGAGGCCUCGUGGGCUGGCGAGAGGCGCGAGUGGGAGUACAUCCGGAUUCCCGGUUUGCGCUAUCUGCCUGGACUACUGUGUCCGAAUCACGGCCGUGUUCAGAGUAACCGCUCCUCCGACUUAGCCGAGAUGCUGCGACGCCAUCCGGGUGAGACUGGCUUAGCCAUCGAUCAUUUUGCCGCCCUCGUGCUGUGCGACGCUACGUAUCAAGUGCUUACGUUGCCAGACAAGCCAGGCUCCCUAAUCCCAGACAGAACGAAUCAACCGGGCCAGGGCCUUCCUGGUGUUUGGCUUAAGUCUGUGGCUGCGGAUGGGGUGAUCCAGGAGGAGGCACUUCACAAACAGGGCAUCUGA